UCCAGCUGCUCUGAGUCCUGCCUGCAGAAGUACCUGAAGAUGACCCAGAGGAUCUCCAUGCGCUUCCAGGAGUACCACAUCCAGCAGAACGAGGCUCUGGCUGCUAAAGCUGGACUGCUGGGAGUGCCUCACUGAACUGGUCCUGGUUCUGGUCCAGUAGGGCCAGGGUCUCCAGAAGAAAGACUGAACUUGUUCUGUUUGGACCUGAGUUCUGACACCUGGCCUCACCAUGAAGACCCGUCUGCCACCAUGAAGGUUCUGCAGGUUCUGGAUCUGGGUCCAGGUCCAGGAACCUGUUCUGUAAAACAAACCUGUUCAGGUAUCAUCUCAUCUGAGUAUUUAGAGUUUUAUAAACUUGUUUGUUUUGUUGAUGUUUUUGUCAGGAAAUAAAAACAACAGUCCUUAAAUUCUUUGAUAUUUUGGUUCAUCUGUUGUUUUUACUGUAGAUUUAAAAUAAUUCAUUAAACUUUGUUCUGUUUGGUG